AUGAAGGUGGUGGGCCGCAUGCUCGACGAGUAUCAUGAUCAUCAACAUCAUAGCAUCAUGAUGCUGAAGGAGAGGCCGCAAUACACUUUUAGUCUCUUCCCAAAGCCCUAAGGCAUCCACUUCAUUACCAAGCACUAUCCAUCUCCGAUGCUCCGCCGCCGUUAAAGGGGACA